UUUACGUCAAUGAAAACAAGUUAUAGGAACAUAAUCGGUAUCGACAACGUUAGGAUUUGGAAAGUUUCCCUUCCCACUUCUACUUCAGACCCAAGCAAAACUACAAAAACAUCAACGGCAGCCAUUGCUACAACAACUGAUGUCCCUGUUGCGGCAUCAACAAGCACAGUAAAAACUUCGAUAUCUGUCAAAUCCACUACCGCUUCAACCACAACCACUACCCCGUCACCAACCACUACUUCUACAACUUCUACUUCCACCACCACAUUACCAUCCACCACCACGUUACCAGCGACAACAACGCCAGCUGCGACACCUGUCGUCAAAACUACAAACGGAAGUAACAUUUCUGAAAUCUUAAAUGCGGAGGAUUUUUGCAGAACGGGAAAUAAAAGAAUGUUACCAGAAAGCUGUGAUUUUGAUUCCGACCUCUGUAACUACACAUAUUAUUAUGGAGGGCACAAAUGGAGUACCAACACUGGAACAUAUAACACUGUGCUUGCGAGUAUAGUUGCCGCACCGAACAGGACGUACGCGAGUAAGGAUUUCGGCGUUGGAGUACGGGAGACCCCUUUAUCAGCUAGCCUUAGUACAUCCGUAUCAAAAGGAGAUAUUUGUGUGGAAUUCUCUUAUUUCGUCAGACAUCAGAUUUCAAACCUCGUUUUAGUGGUCAACAUUGAUUCUGACUAUUUACAAGUAUGGAACACAACAGAUAAAUCAGCACACGACGGGUGGAAUAGUGCCGUCGUCGCCAUAAGAAGUUCAGAUCCGUUCAAGCUCUCAUUUACUACUACGAAGCCAAGCUACAAAAGUCCCAUCGGUGUGGAUGAUGUCAGAAUAUGGAGUGUAUUAACACCACCAACCAGUACGGCAGCAACUCCAACAACAGUCACAACAUCUAGGUCUACAACAUCUACCACGACAACGACAACAACACCUACUACCACGAAAACAACACCUACUCUCAGCACAAUAACACCUACUACCACCACGACACUUAAACCUACUACCACGAGAACAACACCUAUCACGAAAACAACACCUACUACCACCACCACAACAUCUACUAUCACCACAACAACACCUUCUACCACAACAGCAACACCUACUAUCACCACAACAACACCUACUACCACCACAACAACACCUACUACCACAACAGCAACACCUACUAUCACCACAACAACACCUACUGCCACCACGACACUUAAACCUACUACCAUGAGAACAACACCUAUCACGACAACAACACCUACUAACACCACCCCAACACCAACUAUCACCACAUCAACACCUACCACCACGACAGCAACACCUACCACCAUCACAACAACAACUUCUACCACGAAAAGAACACCCACUAUCACAACAACACCUAUUACCACCACGACAACAAGACAUACUAGAACCACGACAACAAAACCUACUACCACGAAAACAACACCUACUUCACCAAAACCACCAACUACUACCAUGACACCAACCACUAAGACAACUUCACCUACCACCAGAGCUACAAAACCUUUCACAUCUAAGACACCAACACCUACUACCACGAAAGCAACACAAACUACCACGACAACCACCUCUAACACAAUGAAACAUACUAUCCCCUCGACAACAAAACCUAUCACCACCACGAAAAUAAAUCUUCAACCACGAAAACAUCACCUACUACCACGACACUCACCACUAAGACAACAACACCUACUACAAUCACGACAACUAAACCUACCACCACUAAGACAACACCUACUACCACGAAAACAUCUCCAACUACUACGGUACCUACUACCACGAAAACAUCUCCAACUACCACGGCACCUACUACCACGAAAACAUCUCCAACUACCACGGUACCUACUACCACGAAAACAACUCCAACUACCACGGCACCUACUACCACGAAAACAACUCCAACUACCACGGCACCUACUACCACGAAAACACCUCCAACUACUACGGUACCUACUGCCACGAAAACAUCACCUACUACCACGACACCCACCACUACUACAAUCACAACUAAACCGACCACAACUAAGACAACACCUACUACAACGAAAACAUCCCCAACUAACACGACUCCUACUACUACUACUACAAAACAGACUGCUAUCACCAAGACAUCUACUACCACCAAGCUAACAACACCUAUUACCAUUACCAAGACAUCUACGACCACCCAGCCAACAACACCUACUACCAUUACCAAGACACCUACUGCCACCAAGCCAACAACACCUAUUACCAUUAC